CGGAUCGCCGAGCUGCUAGACGGUUGCUGCGAUCGUUCGCGGCAGCAGCAAUCAGUCGAUCUUGAUCCUGCCUGGCGUAACGAUCGUCAUGGCAAAGGUGGUGGAUUGUGUGCUGCUGCUGCUGCUGCUGGCGUUCAUUGCCGUUGUUCGUGGACAAGAAGCUUGCCGGACGCCCGAUCAUCGCGAUGGAGUGUGCCACCCGGUACAGCAGUGCCCAAGCGUAAGGGAUGAGUUCUUCAAUUCCGACCGGGUGCUGAGCGAGGACGAGAUCGACUACCUGCGCAAGCUGCAGUGCAAAACGAAGGACGUGACCAUCUGCUGCCCGGACGGUGUGACGACUGUGGACCGUAAUCCGACGGCCGUGCGCGACGGCCUGCCGAACCCGAAAGCGUUCGAGUGUGGUUUGGACACGCUGGCGGAUCGGAUCAUCGGCGGUAACUACACGGCGAUCGACGAGUUCCCCUGGUACGCGCUGCUCGAGUACCAAUCGAAGAAGGGCGAGCGGGCGUUCAAGUGCGGCGGCUCGCUGAUCAACGGACGGUACGUGCUGACGGCGGCCCACUGUCUGGCCAACAAGAAGCUGGACGAAGGCGAACGACUGGUUAACGUGCGUCUCGGAGAGUACAACACCGCGACCGAUACGGACUGUGCGGACGGCAACCCGGACGAUUGUGCCGAUCCGCCGCAAAACUUUGGCAUCGAGGCACAGAUCGUUCAUCCGGGGUACGACAAGAACGGACCCUACCAGCAUCAUGACAUUGCACUGAUCCGGCUCGAUCGGGACGUUACGAUGAACAACUUCGUUUCGCCGGUAUGUCUUCCGCCGGAUGACUUCCCGCCUACCAGCCCCGGUCUUAAUGUUACGGCGGUUGGGUUCGGACACACGGGACGCCAGCGACACAGUGGCAUCAAGAAGAAGGCCCAGUUCCCGGUGUUUGCUCAGGAGGAGUGUGACAAGAAGUGGAAAAACAUUGAAGUCAUUGGGGAGCAGCUGUGCGCGGGCGGUGUGUUUGGGAUCGAUUCGUGCAGCGGCGAUUCCGGUGGCCCGUUGAUGGUAAAGCGGUUCUACUGGAUACAGGAGGGUGUCAUUUCCUUCGGCAACCAGUGUGCACUCGAAGGCUGGCCCGGUGUGUACACGAGAGUGUCGUCGUAUCUGGGCUGGAUUCGGCAAAACAUUCGUCGUUGGAAAGUGUCGCGCUUUGAAGACCUCACCAUGUCGUCCGCGGUGCUGCUGCUGCUGGUUUGCGGCUGUGCGCUUGCGGUUCUGUCGCCGGUUGCCUACGGUGCGCCCAUGGACACAGACGAUCGUCCCGUGUGGGACUCGAUCCGGCUGUGCGACAUCCCGAACGAGCCCAACCCGGGCCAGUGCAUGCUGCCGGCCGAAUGUGUCGCCUACGGAAAGAUCAACGACGUGUCCAGCCUGAGCUCGAUCGAGCGCUUCAGCUUCAUCAAGCAGAUCCAGUGCAACGGGUCGGACACGGUGCCGUACGUGUGCUGUCCCCGCGACAGUGACGCUUACCGCGAACCUUAUGUGAAUGAGACGAUGGUCCCGAAGAAUCGGGUCGCAAGCCGCAUCGCAUUCGAUGCCGACUCCUGCGGCAUCCAGAGCUACGUGGCCAAGAUCCGGGGCGGCCAGCUGGCCGAGAUCGACGAGUUCCCGUGGAUGGCAAUGCUUCUCUACGAGCGGGACAACAACGCACUGACCCAGGGAUGCGGGGGAGCACUGAUAAGUCGCACGUACGUGAUCACCGCCGCGCACUGUGUGACCGGGAAGAACUUUCAGCAAACCAAGGGCCGGCUGAAGUUUGUGCGGCUGCGCGAGUACAACAUCCACACCAACCCGGACUGCGUGUACGAGAACGACCUGAAGGACUGUUCGGACGAUAUGAUCGAUCUGGUGCCGCAAGCGGUCAUACCGCACCCGGAGUACGAUUCGGAGUCGAGCAACCAGCAGCACGACAUUGCGCUGAUCCGGAUCGAGCAGACGCCCCCGUUUACCGACUUUCUGCGCUCGAUCUGUCUGCCGGAGCAGAACUUUGAGAGUAGCGCGACGCCGGGCAAGAAGCUGAGCGUGUCCGGCUGGGGCCGUACCGAUAUCUUCAAGGACAAUCUCGGACCGGAUGUGCUGAGCCCGAUCAAGCUGAAGCUCAGCCUGCCGUACGUCGAACGGGAAAAGUGCAGCAAAACGUUCCGGCCGUGGUCGUUCGCGCUCGGGCCGGGUCAAAUGUGUGCCGGCGGCGAGCGGGCGAAGGAUACGUGCGCCGGGGACAGUGGUUCGCCGCUCAUGAGCUACGAUAUGAAGCGCGCCAUCUGGUACAUUACCGGCAUCGUCAGUCUCGGGGUGCGUGGAUGCGGCGUCGAGGGCCUGCCCGGCGUCUACACCAACGUGCAUCACUAUCUGCCGUGGAUCAAAAUGUACACCGGGGCGUAAGUGGCCGUCGGUCCACCGUCGCCGGUACUAGCAUGUAAUAAAUCUAAGCAAAUGUAUAGCAUACGGGAUCUUUGUCGUUGAUGUUGUUGUAGUUUUGAACCACCCACAUGCGUGUGCCCUGUGUGACCGGGGGCGUCGAACAAUUUUCACAUCGGUUAGGUUUUUCGCUUCCUGCUGCGGAGCAGUGGGGAUUUUGUUUGACCUUUGCUCCCGUUUUCGCAAUGUCACACAAGGUCACACACACACACACGGAGCGAAUAACACGUUAAUGAAGUUUGCUGUUUUGUUGUGUCGCUGGGAAAGUGGUUCACUUUCACUGUUCUGUCAGCGUGAUCCAUUCCAGUGGUCCUGCUGCGUAUCCCUUUCGAUGCUUGUACAGUAGCGUGUCAGGGUUUAUCGAUUUUGCUCGAUUGAAGUGCCAUUUCACGAAAGUGGGUCACAUCAUUGCGGGAGAUGCAGCAACCGUUCUUCCUUGCUAGCUGCUGGAAAUCCCGGUACAGUGGACGGAUUGCACAAGAUGCCUUUUGUUGUGCACUAAAGAGAGUUGUUUUUAGGUAGGAAAAUAGUUAGAUAAACGUGAGAAGCUAUAUGGAGCGCUGUAAACGUAAAUGAAAAAUAUGGAAAGAUAGGGAAACAUACACAAGGGCAUUCAAUAAUGGUCGAUUUCAGAACAUGAUACGCAUUUGUUUAGUGUAUAACUUUAAAUAA